GAUAGAAACUCAUCCACAACAUCCCGAAUCCCAACUUUGUCUGUUCUGCUUCGCUCGCGGGCGCGCUCCUCUCCACUCCUCCGAUGGCGCCGCCGCCCACCAGCUCCUCAUUCCUCCGCCCGCCGCCGCUGCCACACCACCCGCACCCUCGCCUCCAUUUCCGCCCACCCUCCGCCUCCUUCCGCGUCUCCGAGAUACUUGGCGGUCGGGGCCUCUGCAACGGCGAGGUCGGCGUCCGCAAAGAACUCACCUCCGGCUCCUCCGCCUCCACCACCACCUCCUCGCCCGCGCCGUCUCCUUCUCCUUCGACGGAGUCUCCUCCGCCCGCGGUUGAUCUGGACGCGUUCGACAAGGAGAUGAUGGGCCUCACAGGCGGCUUCCCCGGCGGCGAGGUCGGUCUCAAGGACUUCGUCGCCAAGAACCCGCCGCCUCCUCGUUCCAAGAAAUCAAAUUCCCAGCUUGUUGCCCCCCAAGCCACCACGCUCUCCGCGCCACCGCGGACGCCGGAGUUGCCGCUGUUCCUGCCGGGCAUGGUGGUACUGGUCAAGAACCCCAACAACGCCUACUACAUGUACUGCGGCAUCGUGCAGCGCGUCACCGACGGCAAGGUCGCCGUGCUCUUCGAGGGAGGAAUCUGGGACAGGCUCAUCACCUUCAAUCUCGACGAGCUUGAGGGCAGGGAGAAGGGACCGCCCAUGGUCAACCCCAAGUCCGUCGUGCUAGAGGAUAUUGUCGCGCAGCUUGAGGAUGACGAUGAUGAUAAGGAGGACGAAGCGGCCAAGAAGGAGAAGGAACCUGAGGGCGCCGCGGCAGCGGCAUGACCACGCUUCUUGUUCCUGUUAUAUCAUCCUCUGUGUGUGUGUAUGUAUGUAUACAGCUAAAAUAAAAUGUUUGGGGCUAAUUAAAGGGAACGAUAAUAUAGCUCUUAUAAGUAUAUAUAUAUAUAUAUAGUUGGAAUAUUAGUGUGAAUUGGGGGCAUGGAACAAUUGCCAUAUGUUUGACCACAUUGGCCUGGAUGGCUUCUCCUUGGAUUCUUUACCUUGUAAUAAUCAGAAUGCUACAAGACUGUUUCAAUUUAUAGUGAGGAGCUGUGGCAUA